UGGAGAGAGGGCAACUUGAUUAUGUCCGAAGAAUCUGUUAAAUUCAAAGGUAGUGAUAAACUGCCAGAUAUGUUUUGCAAUUUGGAAACUCCUUACCAGUUCUUCACCUACUUUUAUAAUCAAGAUCUUAUCAAGCUUAUCGUGGAGCAGUCAAAUUUAUUCUCGGUACAAUUAGAUACAGGCAAUCCUGUAUCUCUACAAGAAACUGAUAUAAAAAGAUACAUUGGAAUAUGUGUUCUGGUUGGACAAGAAAACACAAUAGGGCUAAAUGAGAGCGAUUUAGGGGCAUGUGCUAACAUCGUAACCAGACUUCUACGUAAUCUACCAAAUGAUAUGAAUUAUCAUGUAUACUUUGAUAAUUAUUAUACCACCUUACCACUUCUGGCACAGCUAUCUCAACGCGGUGUUCAAGCUUUGGGUACUAUCAGAAGAAAUCGGAUACCAAAAUGCCCCCUUCCAGGAGAUAAGGAAAUGAGUAAAGAAAAUCGAGGUACCAGUAAGGAAUAUAUUACGGAGACGGAAGGAGUACCAAUUUCUUCAAUUGCAUGGAAGAACAAUAAAAUUGUGUCCCUUGUGUCUACAUUUUGUGGAACUCUUCCCAAAUCCAAAGCUGACAGAUGCGAUAAAUCUCAAAAUAAAAGAGUAGAGAUCGAUUGCCCUAAGAUUGUAAAAGAAUAUAAUAAACAUAUGGGAGGAGUAGACCUUAUGGAUAGUUUGAUUGGUCGAUACCGUAUCAAGCUCAUAUCAAGGAAGUGGUAUUUCAGACUUUUUUAUCACCUUUUGGACAUGACAAUAAAUACCAGGCUGCUAGGCAAACGUCAUGAUAGAAUCGAGAAGACUAGUCUGUACCCUAAUGUAAUUAUGAGAGGAACAAAAUUAAUAUUGAUGGAGGUAGGAAAUGUAAAAUUUCUGGAUUCUCUCAAUUAUUUUCCUAUGCCUCUAACUGCUCUACCCAAGGCGUUUGAUUUGAAAGAGCUAAAGAAAGGAUACUUUCCACAUUUAUUCAACACUUUGGCUCAUCAGAAUUAUGUAGGGCCAAUUCCAGCGCUCGACUUCUACGAUCCCGACCAUUUAAAGGAAGACGCUCGGGAAAAAUUAUUAAAAUGGCAUGGCGAAAGACAAGCUGAGGGAUACGUUUUUGAUUUUCAGAAAGAAAUCGUUGAAUACUGUAUCUCCGAUGUGGAAAUAUUGACACAGGCGUGUCUCAAAUUUCGAGACCUAAUGAAAACCGAAACCACAGUCGAUCCCUUUCAGGAAAGCACCACUAUUGCAUCAUGCUGUAACAAAGUCUUUAGACGCAAUUUUUUAAAACCUGAGACGAUCGGGAUUCUACCGAACCAGAACUUAUAUCACCCCGUUUUACCGUCAAAAAUGAACAACAAAUUGAUGUUUGUUAACUGCCAAAAAUGUGGUGAAGAUUUCGUUCGAGAAGAGUGUCAGCAUUCUAUUCAAGAAAGAAGCAUAAAAGGAACUUGGGUGAUAGAAGAGGUGCUCAAAGCUAUUGAAAAAGGUUACCAGAUUAUAGAGACUUACGAAAUAUGGGAAUACGACACAAUUCAGCUCAGUAAAGACCAAGAGGGGUUAUUUAGCGGAAUGAUGAACAAAUUUCUACAUAUAAAACAACAAGCUUCAGGAUGGCCCAAACAUUGCUUAACGGAUGAAGAAAAAAACCGUUAUAUUGAUGCAUUUUUGGAUAGAGAAGACAUAAAGCUGGAAUUUUCAAAAAUUAUAGAGAACCCCUGUUUGAGAUCGUUAGCUAAACUUAUGCUGAAUUCUUUUUGGGGUAAAUUUGCUCAAAAAGAAAACCAAAACAAAACCUCAAUAGUCAGAGACUGUGGUGAAUUCUUUGAUAUGCUGACUAAUCCUUCUAUUCAUGUAAAUACAGUUCUCCCGGUAAACGAAGAAACCCUUCUCAUAACUUGGGAAUUUAGAGAAGAGGCCUAUGACGUUUCUUCAACGGUUAACGUUGUAUUGGCUUCAUAUGUCACGGCCCUAGCUAGACUAAAAUUAUAUUCAUUCUUGGAGAAAGUGGAAGAAAGGGCAGUUUACGUAGAUACAGAUUCAUGUAUUUAUAUCUCUCGUAAGGGAUUAGACGACAUAUCUACAGGCGACUUCAUAGGUGAUAUGACCGAUGAGCUAAAUGGGGGUUUCAUAUCAGAGUUUGUUUCUGGAGGACCUAAGAACUACGCCUACAAAUAUACUACUUUGUCUGGAGAGGAACAGAUCGUAUGUAAAGUAAAAGGCAUAUCACUCAACUACAAGGCAUCCCAAGUAGUCAAUUUUGAGAAAAUAAAAGACAUGGUGCUGAAGAAAUCUGAUCCUGUUUCUGUACUUUCUCGACAGCUACGACGUACAAGAGAGCAUGCAGUAGUAACAGUCGAGUUUCCUAAGGUAUACAAGAUAACUUCAAUGAAAAGGAAAUUCUAUGAAGAUCAUACCUCUGUACCAUUUGGAUUUAAGAAAAUAACAUAUUGA